AUGAAUUGACGUGGAGUGUUUCCGCCUUGCGCUUGCAGAGGGUGUGUAGCUGAUUUUCAGGUGGAAGCGGGGAGCAGAACAAUUAAAGACCCGAGUCGGUGUGACAGUUACCCCACAGUCUAACACAGACUGACCCUCAUACCUUGACAUCUGUCCUUUUAUUCUGACACCAUGAUCAAAGCCAUCCUCAUAUUCAAUAACCACGGCAAACCCCGGCUCUCCAAAUUCUACGAACACUAUAGUGAAGAUAUAGAACAGCAAAUUAUCAGAGAAACAUUCCACUUAGUCUCAAAAAGAGAUGAAAAUGUUUGUAAUUUCCUGGAAGGUGGAAUGUUGAUUGGAGGGUCAGACAACAAGCUUAUUUACAGGCAUUACGCUACAUUAUAUUUUGUCUUCUGUGUGGAUUCUUCAGAAAGUGAACUGGGAAUCUUAGAUCUAAUUCAGGUAUUUGUGGAAACACUAGACAAAUGUUUUGAGAACGUCUGUGAGCUGGAUUUAAUUUUCCAUGUGGACAAGGUUCACAAUAUCCUUUCUGAGAUGGUAAUGGGAGGAAUGGUGUUAGAGACGAAUAUGAAUGAAAUUGUCACUCAGGUUGAUGCCGAGAACAAAAUGGAGAAGUCUGAGGCUGGUCUAGCAGGGGCUCCAGCGCGGGCUGUGUCUGCUGUAAAGAAUAUGAACCUCCCAGAAAUGCCUCGAAAUAUAAACAUUGGAGAUAUCAGCAUAAAAGUGCCAAACCUACCCUCCUUUAAAUAAUGUGGCUGCUUCCAGUACACAUGAGCUAACACAUGUUUACGAUGCAACUGUUUACCAAAUCAAAGAAAGGUUUAACUUUUAUUACCCAGAAAAGAAAUGAAGGUACUGUGUGAUUUAUUAUUCAUUUUUUGUUUUCUCUUUUUGUUUUGCACAUGAUCUUAUUGAAAGUUAUUGUUAUUUUGUCUUGCUUAAUGAUUUCAUUAAGGAACUGGAAAGUGAUUGUGUUC